UCAAUUUUUGUAAUCAACGCCCAACUCUGGUACAGAGACGAUAUUAUUUUAUUCAAAUUUCGCGAUGACUAUCAAAAUUUACUAUCUAAGUCACUUAUUUUUAGGUUAUCGUAUAAAAUAAUCGUUACAUUUUCUCUUCUUUUCCUUACAGUACCCCUAAGGGCAGAUGCGCAAGCUCCAGUGUACAUACCCACCGCACCUAGGGCAGAAGCCCUCACAGCAGCUGAAGAUAUAGAUUCAGAUGCCACGCUGCCCACAGUUACAGUCAGAGGGUUUCUGAAUUUCAGGACAACAGUGGAUGGCACAGUCAUAGUUUUCACGCCAGCUUCCGAAGGACCUCAGGAACCGACACCAGCUUCAAGUGUUCCGGCGACAUCAAGUUCAAGUCCAGGAUCAACGAUAAGUCCGAGAAACGAUGAUAUUCAACAUCUAACAUAUACAGGAAACGACAGGGAAGUCGAAAAACGGACGGAGCUCGAAAAUGAAGCGCAUACACCGGAGGAUGACAGGCAAAGUUUCAGGCAAAGGCAUUUAAAGCCAGGUUUUGGAGAUUUGGAAACAACUCCCGAUUCUGAGCCGGAACAAAAUCUACAGAAACCUGGUGCGACUCCGGCCUUGCCGCAGUAUCCCACAGGCCUUGUUACAGUUCUUGGUGGAACGCAUGUCAAAGAUGGCGCCACUACCGUUUAUGAAACCAAAGUCAUCGGUACAUACAUUGAAGGAAAAUAUGCACAGAUACUCCAAAGCACAUCUCAAAUUAUCUUCCCUGCCAAAUCGGAUGAGCUGUCAACGCCAAAACCUAGCCAGGCCAAACAAGCCUUCCAGAAAUCGGCAAGCAUUCAGAUACCUAGCAGCAGACCAGCGCCUUCAGAAUCUAAUAAAAUUCCAUUGGAUCCGUCGUCCAAUUGGCAAAAGCCCAUAAGUGGUAAUGAAGCCAAAGAAUACAGAUCAACCACACCAGAUAGCAGGGAGGUCGAUAGAAGAACAGACGAACCUGUCAAUGCAAACACAGUUCUACAAUCAUCUUUCAAACUUCCCGACGGUGGAUCGCCAAACAGACUGACUAUCAGACCAACUCAAUCAUUGGACAAGUCCUUGUCCAGAACAUCUUACAGACUAUCAAGACGAUUUAGGCCAACACUCGCUACGGACAUUCCACCGGAAGAAGAGAACACAGUUCACGAUUCACAGAAUCCCAGGAACAGACAGCAACCGAGAUUUAGAUACGUCCUCCCCAGAAGAAACACUCCCACAGUUCGUUUGAAUCGUUUCAAAGUUAAAUUGACUGUAAGGAACGACGAAGUUAGUGAUUUGGUGACGCCUCAAGAGAAUACAUUCGACUCUGAAGAUGAACUUCUAGACGAAUACGAUCCUCUUAAUCCUGUUGACCCUGCUCGGGUAGUUUAUGAAAAGACUACAAUUACAAGCGAAGUUACCCUUCACGUAGGUAGAAGGAAAUCUGUUCGCACUCUAACCAUCACAACCCAGGUACCGAAAACUCGACACAACUAUGCCACAGAUGUUGGAGCUUUCCUUGAUGCACAUGACAUAUCUCCCGCCAAUAACAAUGCCAUUUUUGCCACAGUCAGUCCUUUGGAUGAUGAUGGACUACCCCAAGUGGUUGUUACAAGAACAUAUACAACAACCGAACGGAUGUUGAAAACAUCUGUGGUACCCAUUAUGGAAAAUGAUACCACGAGUUAUCACACAGUAACCGAAAGUUUCUUCAUUUUGAAGUUGAUUACUGGUUAUAAGACACUGCCUGCUGCGGACAUGACAGUGUUGCACACAGAGCAAUCAGCGGAUACUGAAUUUGAUGAAUCCGUUGACCAAUUGAGUGGUCUACUGGACGGAGCGGUGCAACUUGAACCGUCACCUAGACAGCAGAUUAUUCAAACUCCUGUACCUAACGGUUUACUUCAGGCUUCAGGAAGUGGAAGGGAACAGGCAGUCGUUCCCUACGACCAAACUAGAAUUAAUAACCACAUCAACAGUAACAAUGACUUGUCGAAUUCACUGAUGUCUUUGGGAGCGGCGCUUCAACAAAAUCCUCUGGCGGCAGUGUAUUUGGGCCUUCAACAGCUGAAUAAACACGCCACCCUAUAUUCAACCAUCACCAAAACAUCAACUUAUAUCCAUACAGAUACCAUCUACAGCACCAAGGUUGUUAGCUUUUACGAUGGGCGUCGAACAAGAACGAGAACACUAUCAGAGUCUCUUUCAACAACAGAAAAGACAAUGACAUCUCUCACCACCACUGUUGAGCCGUACUUGAAUACCCAGCUGUUUCAGCAGCAGAAUCACCUUCAACAAAUUUUAGGUGGAUCGCAAAACGGAGGAACAGGCCCACAGGUGCUGGCACCUCCACCCCAGUAUAGUACAGUUACCUCAACUUACACCACAGUAACUACAGCAACAAGCUUAAGUACAAGAAUCUAUACUUUGAUAUACAAUGCCCUAAGUACAAAGUUUCGUACAGUUACCAGUACUUCCCUGUACGAAACAACUAUAACAGCGACGACAACAAGUGAGGUUCCACUAGCCAUAACAGCUCCACCUGGCGGUGUUUUUCCAUUUCUAGGUUAAACAUGAGCAUUAUUCCACGGCAAACAUAUCAAUUACCUCACAUAUAAGACAUGCAUUUGACCAGUUGUAAAAGAACUAGUGACCUCAACUGAAAAAUGUUUGAUUGAGAGUUUGUGAUUUGAAAAUUAAUGCGCAAAAAACACCAUAUGGCCAAUGACCUCAAAUGAAAGUGUUUUGUGUUAAAAAAGUGUUCUAUUUUGCUCAAUACAGCUGGCUACUAACGAACUUUAAAUGUAAAUAUCAUAAAAAUAUUUAAUAGGGCAGCACUAACUUUUCAAGAUAUCUCACCUUUGAGUUUCAUUCACCAUAGUUUUUCUUCAUUAAAAUAUUUUUAACAGAAAUUCAUCUGCUUCAGUUGAUCAAAAUAUUUUUGCAAUUUGUUGAUAAACUUCAUCAGAAUUUUAAGAUGGAACUUCAUAGAAAGUUAAAAUAAUGCAACAUAUUGAUUGAUUGCAUUGAAGUUUAAGUUACAAAAAAGGAAGUCAAAAUGUUGGACACACAACAUGUUGAUUGAGUUGAGAUAAAGCUUGUUGACUAGAAAUUUACAGUUUCAAAACAUGCUGAUCGAUUUCAUUUGGGUUUCAGAUGAACAGGAAGCAAAACAUUGUAACAAGUUGAUCGAUUUCAUAAAAAUUUAAGUUGAAAUACGAUUUAAAAAAAAAUUACUGAAUCAUAAGUUCGAAGAAGGAAGUGCAAUAUGAACAUACCUUAGACAUUUGUAAUGUGUAUAUUAGUUGUAUUAUCCUGAGUUGCGAAGCACGUUUUAUUAAAUUUGAUAAAGAAAGCCAGCUGCGCUGUUUGAGUGACGAUAUGUUCUUUUUCGUUGACUUUCCUCAGGUAAGUUGAAAUUGAUUUCAAUAAACAAACUAUAUAAAAGGCAAACUUGCUGUAGCUGAAAUCACAUCAAAAUAUGUUGUUUUGAAUUAAGUUAGAAUGGUAACCAAAAAUUAUUUUGUUAGAAAGCAUUCAUGUAACCUUAAGAAGAGAUAUGAUUCAACUUAAUUUAGAUUAAGCUAUCCAAAUAUUGUAUAUAUUGUGUUUGUUUAUAAAUUUUUAAUCAAAAUAAAUUUGUAGAAUUCUUGUUA